AUGAGUGAUGGUAGAUUACCAUUCCUUUCAUUAACGCUUAUGACAUGUAUCAUUACCGUUAUUUUCGGCGAAUUAUUUCCGCUGGCAAUAUGUAAUCGGAGAGGCUUGCAAAUUGCUAGUAAGACACGUUAUAUCACCUGGUUUGCAAUGAUUGUUUUGUCACCUGUUGCCUGGCCAAUUUCAAAAAUUUUGGAUGUAGUCCUUGGAUCUCAAGGAUGUGAGGGGUACGAUAGAAGUAAAAUAGAAUUUUUAAUUCUGGAAGCGGCAAGAACAAGUUCUGCAGUUUUUUCUGAGAUUUUAAAAAAUGCCAUCAAUCUACCAAGAAUUCGAGUUGGUAAUGUAAUGACGCAAAUUGACGAAGCAUUUCUUUUAUCAACAACAGAUGCUCUUGAUAAUAAGCUGAUUCUUUCGAUCGUAGAAAAAGGCUAUAGCCGUAUACCUGUUUAUGAAGGUUCAAAGAGAAGUAAAGUCAUUGCAGUACUAAAUGUCAAGGAUCUCAUUACUACUGAUUUCAAUAAAAGCAUUGUAGUCAUAGAUAUAUUGAAAAAAUUGAAUUACUUGAAACAGGUCCGUUUCGUAUGCGAAGAGAUGCAAGUAAAACCAUUACUGAACGAAAUGGAAGGGCAAAAUUUUGCAUCCGAACCAAAAGGUUAUAUAUCACACCUAGCAAUGGUGGUAAAAUAUGACAGUAAAAGUUACAGCCUUGUUGGUCUGAUAACGCUCGACGACAUCAUUGAAGAAAUAUUUGGAGAAAUGAAAGAACUAUCGUUCAAUAUUCUCACAAUGCGUCGACUUUUCAAUUUAUGUCAAAUUCAUAGUUCAUUCGGCAGGGUGAAAAAAUUUACCGUUUAUAAACAAGGAUAUCCAUCCAGGUCAGUAGCGGUGAUUUUAAAAGGUGAGGCAUUUUAUGAGGACACGAAAGGUGUUCGCAUGGCUGUCACUCCGCUUGAACUGGGUGUCGAGCUUGUCGAGCAAAUUUAUUCGCUAUGUCUCGAUAAGGGUACUUCUGUGGAUCUAAGUAAUUUGUAUUUCACGCCAUUGAGAACAGUUUACGUGGAACCACCAUUCCAUUAUAUUAAGAUAACAGUGCGAGCGAUACUGGCGGCAAUGCAAAUAACAGAAGUGAAUGAAUAUCGUCGUGAAGUAAGCGAAGCGAGGAAUGUGAAGAAGGUGAUAAACAAUCCACAGCUCAGUGAUUUGUCGUCUGUUGGACAUAAAUCAACUCCCAUCAGGAAUAAGCGAAAAACUGAUUCGACGCAAAGUAUGAGCGCAUCCAGCACUGAAGAUACGGCAAAGUGCAAGUCUCAUGGAUCAUCAAUCUAUCUGUCCACAACCGGAUCAUUCACGCCACAGAAAAUCACGUGA